AUGAUUUUCUUCAAAGAAGCGCGCAAACACCUCUCGAUGGACGUGUUAGAGAAAGGAUCUCUGAGCUAUGUUCAGGCAAUUGUCCUGAUGGCCAAUUACUUGCAGAAGCGAAAUAAACCCAAUGCUGCUUUUAUCCUGGUUGGUAUUGGCUUCAGUAUGGCUCUCGCGAUUGGCUUGCAUCGAGAGUUUGGCAUGCCGAGUACCUCGCCGUUCACCAUGGAGGUUCGCCGGCGGGUGUGGUGGACGCUAUUCAUCUUCGUUUCAGGCGUACAACUGAUCCUAGGGCGGCCAGCAGUCUCGCUAGUUGGAGUCAAUGUUCGACUUCCAGCUAAUGUAGAUGACCACGACCUCGCCGUGGACAUGGAAGAGCUCCCUGAGAGCCAGAUUGGCCCAACUAUUACAUCCUGUCUCAUCGCGCAGGUCAAACUAGCCAAGAUCGCAAACGCAAUCCAGGUUGAACUUCUCACCCAUCACCUCCCUACCUCAGACAAAGCACACGACCUCGAGCAGCGUAUCUCCUCCUGGACAAACGAUCUUCCAGCACACUUCAACACUGACAUCUACCUCGAGCCACGAUUCGAUAUCCCGAGACGCGUCGUCCUUUGGAGAUCCUACCACCUCCGCAUAGUCAUUAAUCGCCCCUUCCUCUUUCAGAACAUUACAUCCAAGUCCGAGCUCGAUACCUCUGCUGGGCCUGUUGCCUCAUGCCUUGAAGCAGCAGACACAUGCGUGACGUCGAUUUGCGGGUUCCUCGAGUCGACGGAUAACAGGCAACGGGGUCUUACCUGGUACGCAACCUGCUGGCUCCUAACGGCGAGUUUCGUCCAGGCAACAUGCUACGUCUACGAGCCCGCGCACGCGCUAGCCGAGACUUGGAGGUGCCAUAUCCAACGCGCGGUCGACUGUUUAGGGAGCCUGGGGUCAUCACACGAUAUGGCCUUGCGCGCGAGAGCUGUCCUACAGAAGAUCCUCGAACACGGCCACGAACGAAGCUCUCCAGGCAGUUUCAACCUCGACCCCUUCUCGCUAACCCAGAUGGCCCCAGGGCCACUACGCACACCAUGGACUCCUUCCGGCUGGGGCUCGAACCAAGCCAUGUACAACCCAUUUUCGCAGAGUUUUGGUGGCGGCUUUCGGUACACGCAGGGGUCAUUGGGCGCGGAGUUUCUCGAUGCGGCGGGUGGUUUGAUGAUUCAGAACUUGUUCAGCGGUUCUGGAGAGGAGGGGUUGGGGUUGGGGCAUGGGAACUCUUGGACGCCUGGUUAG